UCCGGCCCACUCAGCCAUUUUGACUUCCUGACCUUGGGCUCCGCGGGCAGCAGGUUGGGGUUUGCUCGGUGCGGUCAUGUCCAUCCUCACGCCGCUGCUCCUGAGGGGCCUGACAGGCCCGGCCCGGCGGCUCCCGGUGCCGCGCGUUCAGAUCCAUUCCAGGGCGCCAAAGGAACAGCUCGGGACCAUGGAUCUUGCCAUUGGGCUCACUUCCUGCUUCCUGUGUUUCCUCCUGCCAUCGGGCUGGGUCCUGUCACACCUGGAGAGCUACAAGAAGCGGGAAUGAGGGGGCCAUCCUCUCCCUCUCCCUGUGUCCGGACCACCUCCCUGCCAGCCCAUCUUGAUCAUGUCUGCUGCAUUCCUGGCUGGUCUCCCUUGGAUCAUGUCGUUCAAUUCCAGUCACCUCUUCUGCAACCAUGACCUCUCGGUGUCUCCAUGGCGACAUCCUGGGACCACAUAUAUUGGCCCUGCUCGGUAGGGUCCCCUUAUAACAAUAAAGUCUAUUUAAACCUUGCUUUAGAAAUUCA